AUUCCCUGUAGGCAGCCGUCGGCUAAUUUACAGCGCUCAACAUGAAUUUUUUCUUGAUUUGUGUUCUGUCUGUAACAGCUUCUUUACCUUGUGCACUGGGAUUACUGUGCUACGAUUGCACCCCAGGGUUACAGAACAUGUGCACUGGUAACAACAUUACCGUAACUAAUUGCACGGGAAUGUAUGACGCAUGCCAAACAUCUGGAUUGCAAAUCAGUCUGAAGCUUCCAAAGGUAAAAAUGGACAUGAGGGUGAUGUCAUGCAGCAUGAAGUCUGCGUGCUCCAAAAUAACCACAGACGGCUGUAAAAAUGUGACGUCCUUAACCAAGGCAGUCCCAGGCUCCAAAGUAGAUGCUUGUGGCGUCAGUUGCUGCUAUACCGAUAAAUGCAACACCAAAGACCUCGUGGUACUUUCGAAACCCACCGCUAAAUCCGUGGCACCAUUCUCUGAGGUAUCCUUGAUUAUCAACCUGCUGGUGUUCCUCUUGUCAGCUGGAAUCGCUGUUACUGCGAUUUAGUGGAAAGAGGCGAGCCCAAAAGGCCGCCACUUUGGCUUUCUGCAAGGUCGUGAUAAUAACUCGGGAUUUGGUGUGCUAACCCUCAG